UCUUCUUUCCCUUCUUUAUCUUUUUCAAUCAAUUGCAGCGGAUUUCUCUUUUCUUUCGAUCUACUAACUACUACUAUUAACUACUCUUACAUCCCUUUAUCUGCCACUAUUAUCAUUACUUCUACAAUUGUAAUUAUCAUAAACACAACACUCUCGAUAUUGAAAUGGAAGGGCCAGCAUGUAUCGGUUGUCAAAAGUCCAUUGAAGAAGGCUCAGUCAUUGCCUUCGGGGAAUCGUUAUUUCACAUUAAAUGUUUUGUUUGUGCAAAAUGUAAUGAAGCAGUAGAUUGUGAUUCAAAUUUACUAUUGUUGUCCAAUGGAAAACCCGUUUGUGAAAACUGUUCUUACUUAUGCCAUGCUUGUAAACAAGUGAUACGAGACGAAGCUAUUAUGACUGGAGACGAUGCUUAUCAUGCCGAAUGCUUUCAAUGUGUUUCUUGUAAGAAAAAAAUUGAAGACUUGGUGUUCACUCAGACAAGCAAAGGUAUACAUUGUACACCAUGCCAUGAAAAAAGGAAAGCAGAAAAACAAAGGAGACGAGAAGAACGAGAGAAGCGACUACAAUUAAAACAACAACAGAAACAAGUUAAAACAGACGCAAUUAACAUGAAUACUACUCAGCAGCAGCAGCAGCAGCAACAACAACAACAACAACAACAACAACAACAAGUACAGCAGGUCAACACAUCCAUAGCCCAGCCUUCCACUCCAGCUAUAGCGACAGAUCCUCCAACGCCAUCUCGUUCACGAAGCAGCUCAGUCGAUGAUACCAAUGGAAAAUACUUACCAAAGCCCUCUGCUACUACUAUAGCUUCCAUUAGUGCAACUACACCAAACUCACCUCCUUCGACCACGUCAGAUUAUAACAUUGCUGUCAACACGACACCUAAUAUAAAGUCUCCCAAUUCACCUCCUUUAUCUAUAAGUAGCCCCACUACUACCACAAACACUAUUUCUGCGGCCGCUGUUAACACUACUACAUCUGCUACAUCUGCUGCUCCUAUGCUAGAGCUAGAUUCAUUAAACUUGUCAUUCUUUGAUAAUGACUCAACUGACCUCGUUAACCUUACGAAAAAAUUAGGUGCUAACAUCUCUAUGGAUAUUUAUGGUAAUCACAUAGUCAAUGAUAACAGCAGCCAUAACAAUAACAGGCAGCAACAACAACAGCAACAACAACAGUCUUCUACUAUUAACUGUCAUAAUAAAACAACGGAAAAUAGGAUCACAAGAGCCUCGCAAUUAUUAGAGUCCUCAUUGGGCAUGAUGACUGAUUUCGUAGUAGAUGGGUUUCCUUCUCCACCGCCCAAAGAUUAUCAAAUCUCAACUCAUACUACGAAUGCUGCUGCUACUACCAAUCCAUCGCAAGACAGCAAGUCAUCGUUACCGCCAUCGACCUCUAUUUCCUCAGCAUCCUCACUUUCAUCAUCGGCUGACUCAGCUAUUUCCCCUGUUACCAUUACAAAUGGUAGUAUGAUCGGCAUCACUGCUGGCGCUGAUUCAAAUAACAUGUCAACAAAUACCAGCAACGUAGAAUCUAGUCUUCGUGUCGAACUUCAAUCUGCUCAAAUCAAGAUCCAAGCUCUGCAAACCAGCCACGAAAAGAUUAAGGAUGCUAGUCGAAAAGCGCUUGACGAACUUUCUCGAGCAAAAGAUGAAUUCACGAAAGAAGUACAACUUCGACAACAACAAGAGUAUCUUAUCCAUCAGCUCAAACACCAACUUCACAUUGCCUAUCAAUCCGAGCGUUUCACUCGCCCUGAACUUUCCGUUAUCACCAAGGAAGAAAUUGAACGCGUAGCACAUAUUCGCGUAGAACUCGACAAAACAUGCAACGAAUUGAAGAACUAUCGCAACUUACUGAUUCAGGAUAUCGACGCUUUAUCGGCAGAAAAAAGAUUUGAGGCUUUGAACAAGACACUGUCCAACUCUUUCAGAUUGGAACAAGAACAAUUACGCGCAGAGAUCAAACAAUUAGAGGACAUUCGUGACGACAUUUUACAUGAAAUGGUCAUGCUGAAUACAAAAAAUGCUGAAUUAACCGAGAUGAACAAUGAUUUAUCGCGACGUAUGUCGGAAAGGGAACGCGAAGCAGCGGCUGUGAUGGCAGGCACAUCCUUUUUAUAUAAUCACAACAAUAGCAAUCACCAACUUUUGGGUGUUUCCCCUACACCAAGUUUAUCUUCAGAAAUUCAUUCACCUUCCACCAUGAUGCAGCGUAAAUCUUCUGAAGCAAGCAUACGAAAUUUCCACCCACUUCAACAACAACAAACCAUAACGUCAGCAACAACAACAAGUACAACAGCAGCAGCAGCAGUAGCGACAGCAGCUACCACUACUAAUACUCCAAAAAUGUUCAAGUUGAAAAAGAAAGGCGGGAACAUGUUUUCUAAACUGAGUGGUAAAAGUAAAUCGUCCAACAGUGCUAAUACGAUAUCUGAAAAUGCAGCAGCAGCAGCUAUUAUGUACGGUGGCAACGGACAACAUCUUCAUCAGCAAUAUCUCAAUAGCAGUAGUACGAAUAUGCUGAUGAGCGGCAGUACCUUAAGUCUACCAACUGCCAAUAACAACAACAGCAGUGCAUCCUCAAAAGUUUCCCUAGAAAGUCAGCAACUACAACAACAGCAACACGGCUCUCACCUCUUUUUGCCCACUUCUUUUCUUAGACCUUCCACAAAAUGCGAUGCAUGUGGUGAUAAAAUGUGGGGGUUCGUUACAAACGAACUUAGAUGUCAGCACUGUCUAUACACUACUCAUGCACGUUGUCUAUCUUUUGUACCACAACUCUGUCAAGGCGGCAAUAGUAGUUUCGUACUCAACAGUGACUCGGUCUUUCAAUUACAACGACCUUCGAACGAGAGUAAUAGCUUACAUGAAGGUGUGGCUAUUACUACAGAUAUCGCGUCCUCGAAUUUAUCUUCAACCUCAACACCUGUCCACCCUUAUCAAACAAUGACAACAACGACAACAACUUCAGCAACCUCAGUAGCAGCACCAGCAAUGACACUCAAGUUGUUUGGAACUGAUUUAGUAGAACGUACUCAUUUUGAAUCAAGAACCAUUCCUUAUAUUAUUAAACAAUGUAUAAAAGCUGUAGAGAAACGGGGGAUGGAUUAUGAAGGUAUCUAUCGAAAAUCAGGUGGUGCAGCACAGAUCAGAACUAUUGUUCAAGCUUUCGAAAACAUGAAUCAUCAUACAACGACAACGACAACAGCAUCGGAUAAUGCUUCUUCAUCAUCAAACAAUAGCAACAAUGAUGAAUUAGUGCCACCAAUCAAUUUGGAAGAUGAUGAAGACAUCAAUGACAUCUGUGCGGUGACAAGUGUUUUGAAACAAUACUUUAGAGAUUUACCGAAUCCUUUAAUACCCUACAAUUUAUAUACCUUAUUUAUUGAUGCAGUUUCAAAACAUGGUGGCCAAAGUCAAAUAGACAAGUUCUCUGAAUUACUAUCUCAGUUACCUCAAGUCAAUUACGAUACUUUACAAGUCCUCAUUAAUCAUUUACAUCAAGUUCAGUCAAGACAUCAUGAAAAUUUGAUGACCAUCAAGAAUCUGGCUAUGGUGUUCGGUCCUACACUUUUAAGAGAUGAAGAAGCCAGUCGAGACUUGAUUGAUAUGAGUUUCAAAAAUGCAGUUGUGGAAGUUCUGAUUACUCAUGUGAAGGAACUUUUUACCAAAAGUCAAUAGUUAUUGUGCUUUACUAUCUUAUAAAUAUGUAAUAUCAUCUAACACCUUCCCAUGUCACACUCUUAUUCUACUUUCGAUCUUAAUAUAUAUAUAUAUAUAUUUUUACUCAUUUUACCUCAAUAUACCUUUAAUUGGCAAUAUAGUCAGUAGCAUACAAGCUUUCAUCUAUUGAGAUACACAACGAUCCUUAAAAGAAGCGUAGCACUUUAAAAAAUCCUUC